CUUGCCGAGCGCAAGCCAUUUUUUAGUGCUUUGAUAAAGUUUAGUACAGACAAUAAAGGGGCCAUAGAAACACUAGUGUUAGUGUCGGUAUUGAAGAGUAGGGUUUUCGACAGUUUUUUAAAGCAGCGGACAUAUUUCUGAAAGCACCUGACAUGAAAUGUUUUUGGUGCCACCUUGUGAGCGCCGAAGGCGAAAGCUUCCUAGGGGGUCUGAGGGCAUGCCCCCCCCCAGGAAAUUUUGUGAAUAGAACACUCAGAAAUGCUGUUUCUAGUGUUUCUGGAACCCAAGAAUCAGUUUCCAAGGCAAGGCUGGAGUUCACUCAAAUUCUCUUUAAAAAGUAACAUUUUAAUGACAGUUGGUAGGGAGGGGGAAAUGGCAACAACAGAAUUUUCAGUUGUUUAUCAUGGCGAGUUUAUUUUUUAUUGAUUUUCAAAAAAGACAUAAGGUAGCUUUGUCACUUCAAUUUCAUUUAAACGAAAAGGGAAAACAAUCAAACAGCAACUAGAAAUUUAAUUGUGUAUCCUGUUUCCCUCUAGUCAGUAAGUUCAUGAGUUGCUUAAGUAAAAAGAAGAACACGCAUACAGCGGCAUUCUGUCUUGCUUGCUUGGAGAUUAGAUCAAGAAAUGAGGAGGCGAUUAAUUCUGCACAAAACAGGAUUUACUCGCUAAAGGUUGUUUACUUCCUACUUUAUCAACGUUGAUACUUUUUACUUGUUUCUGAACUGAUUUAGUACAUGUGUUUAUAGCGAGGACCGGAAAUAUGUCUGGGGUUGCAUACUAUAUACAUGUGUAUAAAUACACGGAAAUUCAAGGGCCUCGAUUCCAGAGAAAUUACAUCAUUGCCAGAGAUCAAGAAAGUGAUUUACAUGGCACGUCAUUUGAAUCAUCGCCAAAAAUAAACCGCAUGCUCAUCAAAAGACCAUUUGCAUACAGUGAAAGUUUAUAACACCCAACCAUUGCAGUUUUGCUAAUUAAGAUUCUUCUUCUUUUUUUUUUUUCCAACCACCCAGUAGUGUUCACUUAUUCCAAAGUAAUCAACACUUUCAAGUGAUAGAAUUUUUGGACCAACACAUUUCGAAAAGCUCUAAAUUUUAUCUUUCCAAACAUGCGUGGCUUUGAUCAUGCAACGAUUCUUAGUCCCAGUUUCCACGGCCUUCGCUAGGAAUUCCUGGCACAAUGCCCCCCCAUUUGUGUACAAAAUACGACAAAAAACUUGUUGCCAAUUAUGAGUCCUGCUGCUUACUUAAGCGAGACUAAAAAUAGUGAUAAUAGAAAAAAAAUUUAAAAAACCCUCAAAUAUUGGCAUAAAAUUAGCAGACAUAGAAUGUCAAAUGACCGGACAAAACGUCCAGCCUCUUGCCUCAAACAAAAACCCUGAACGGGGUCUCCGUAUUAACCAGGUCAAGUUGUUAAAGUCAAAAAGACACCUUUUAUUGGAGUAAAAUAUUAAAGAAAGUAAUGAGGAUGUAAGCAGCAUCAAAUUGUACAUCUCAAACCUUCACCAAGCCAUCAUUCCUGGGGCUACAUAAUGUAAGUCCACGGAAACACUAAAAAUUGCUCAUCUAUUUAUUGCAUUAAACAAAACCUUUCUCUGCAUAACCAGAUUGAUGCCAAAAUAGUUUGAUGUCUACAGUUCAUCCUUCCUGGUGAAUUGUAAGGUUCAGAACUGAUUGAGAUGCUGUGGAGUAAAGGUUUUUUGUUUACUUUCAAAAAGGAAAGGUCUUAAUUUACUAUAAACAGUUGAUAGGUGUCUGAAUUAGUGAGGUUGCAUGACUUUUCUAUGAGAUUCUGUUGAUUGAGCAAGAAACAAGUGUCUGUUGUUCUUGUUAACGAGCGUCUGUAUUAAGUGAGUUAAAUUUAGAGAAAAAGUAAGGGCUUUCCCCAGGAACAAAGACACCUGUCCGUAAUAGCGAGGUGUCCAUAUUAAGCGAGUGUCCAUAAAGUGGGUCUUGACUGUAUUGAUCUUGCAUAUAGGCUUCAUAAUUUCUGUUUUCUUUUACCUGUUAGGUUUUGGAAAUGCAGCAAGUACUGUUGUUCCUUCUGCAGGAGGACUCACCACAGGGUUUGGAACAACGUUUAGUCAGCAGCCACCUACAGGUUAACCAAUACAAAACUAGUAAUAGUUGACACCCAGGGUGUAAAGACAAGUCUUUUUUACAGCUUGCCAGUUGGGCAAGCUAAAGCUAGCAUUUACUAGCCCAAACAUCAUUUCAACUAGCCCCCCAAAUUUUUUGAUGACCAGAAUUGAUUUCACACUUCUUCUGUAAGUUGAAUUCCUCAAAAUACUUCACUGGCCCGUCGGGCAAGUUAAGAACAGAAUUCACUAGCCCGGUAGCAAAAUCCACUGGCACCGGGCUAUCGGACACUACUUUCUUUGCACGCUGACACCAGAGCUGUCCCUGCCUCAGUGUAUGUUGUCGAUCAAUUGCAUCCUUGGUCUUUGUGUACAGCUCUUUCAAAUUUUAUACCGAUUCAUAUUACUGUGCAAAUUCGUGAGUGAUAAUACAGAAGUGUAUACUUGCACUUAGGGCAAUAAUUCAGCUACCAAUUGGUUAUGUUCUGAAUGUUUAGCUCAAAUUUUUCCAUUUAAUCACUUAGAUGAUACAUCUUUUGACCUCAUAGUUUUUGAAAAUAUUUACGGUAUAUAUAUUGUUAAUUAUUGUUAUUUACAUGACGUACAUUUAAAUAUGGAUAGCCUGUAUGGUAAUUUUGGGAAAUUUAAGCAGCUUUUAGGGUUACUUGAUCACGAAUAAUUUUCAGUUACAGGUAUAUCUGAGACCUAGCUAAUAACAGCACUUUAGAUCUGGUCAAUAUACCUGGCUAUAACUUUGUCUUAGAUCAUAGGGUAAACAAAACAGCGUGGUGGAGGUGGCCUUCAUUUAUUAGACAAAUUUGAAUUCAAAAUUAGAUCAGACCUAAGUACUUCACACCCAAGUUGCAAUGAGGCUAUUUUUGCAGAGAUCAAGAUCCCGGAUCUUGUAUACUGUGGGUAAUGUCGACCGAGAUAUCGGUCAAUAUAGCGGUCGAUGAAGCGGUCGACACUCGGUCAAUAGUCGGUCGACACUCGGUCAAUAGUCGGUCGACACUCGGUUGAUAGUCGGUCGACACUCGGUCGACACUCAUUCGACAGUCGGUCGAUAGUCGGUCGACACUCGGUCGAGACACGGUCGAUAGUCGUUCCAGAUGUGUCUCGGCCGAUAUAGCUUUUCAUUCACCGACACUUCGCCGACUUUUUGCCGAAACUUCGCCGAUAGUUGGUGGAUACUUGACCAAUGUAUUGGUCAGUAAUUGGUCGACACUCGGUCGAUGGUCGGUCGACACUAUGGUCGAUAGUCAGAAGAUAGCUGUUGGAUAUAUCGGUCGAGAGUCGGCCGAUAGUCGAUCGAUAUAUUGGUCGAGAUUUUUGUCGGUCUGUAUAGUUUUUAGUCCGUUGUCAAUAGCCCUGGAGAAGAAAUUGGAGCAAGAUUACUGAAAUAUAAUCCGAUUGCCCCCAUUGACACAUGGAGAUUCUUGAAAAAUUCGCAUUUUUGGACAUUUUUCGGUCAGUUAUGAGUCCAAACUACUCAAAAUUAAACAUGAAAGCAUGCCUUUCUUUGCAAUAGCAUCCCUUUUUGUGACAUUUUUUGGUACGGGCAUGCCAAAAAGUCUCACCCAAUCUCUUUAGACUUUUCUGCUUUUUUUCGUUUUUCGUUUUUCUCUUGUUUUUGUCAUUUUGCUGCCGUUGCUAACUGCCAGUUGCCAGUCAGUUCAAGAAUUUUCGAGAAAGCAUCAUCCAAAAGGGAAAUUCUUACCAAGCAAUAAAGAGGGAAAUUUUUCCUAUGUUUUCAAAUUUAUAAACCUUUUCUGUAUAUAUUUGAAGCUCAAUAUCACUCUGCUUUGGGUAUCAUUGCCGGUUUGGUUUCUCUUCCUUCGACAGGUUUUUUAUUACUGUAAGAGGUGCCUUUUUUAUGUAAACGCUUGGUAGAACAUGAUUACGGUUAUGGCCAGCCAAGGACGGCAGGGGGUGAUCCUAUAUAGUGGAAAAUAAUUUGAUUGGCUGUUACUCGUAGAUCAAUAUGUCUUGUAAAUGAGGUUUUUUGAUUAACUAUUAUUUUCGCAGGAGUUUCUGAGACAGUCUCUUGAAGUACCCAAAAGUAUGCAAUGCUUUCACUAAAACAUGUGCAUGAGUUUGCGAUGAGUUCGUGUGUUCUUUGCAGUAUUCUCCGUACGAAGCAGUAACCUGUAAAAUUUACCAUCUAAAACAACACUUCUUACUGCCUGCAACUGCUUGAAGGUUUACUAAAAUUAAAUACGUUGUUUUGAAAAUACGCCGGUUGUGAUCCGAUCCAAUCCUAAAAAGAAAAUGAAUGAAAACUGGAAAAAUAAAAAAGUAUACACAGCUAAUGUCUCUGAGUUCUUCAUUUCAUUGCUGCAUAUAAAUUCCUUUGUGCAGCUGCAGCGAUGUGUGCUUUUGUCAGCUGUACGGUUUUUCACCGGCAACUUCAGUCCAUGCUGUCAUUUUUGUCCGUUGAAAUAAAAAAAAAUAAGAGGCCAAGCAGGUAACAGUACCAUACAAACUUACCACUGACAAUAAACUUUUUUGUGUCAAGCCUUUUCAAGCUUCCAUAUGAUUAGUUUUCAGUUUUGAUUUCCUGGAAAGUUUGAUUUUCCCGACUUGUGUUAUUUGACUGUAGCGGAAAGGGCAGCCUUCUUUCAUAAAAUUCUUCACGUGAGGUGCACGUGUUUAUAAUACUUUUUGGUCAAUUGGUUGACAGAGUGUUGGAAAUUACUAACCUUCGUAAACGUGAAAGUUAAGAUAUUCAAGACUGUAAACAAGUUUAUUGAUAAGAUGGCUUUUAAGUCUGUUUUCGCCAUGCGAUCGAUUGGUUCAUUUGCAGCCUGUAACUUGCUAUACAGACCAAAAUCUCAAAGACAAAUGCUCAUUCUGCGGCUCUAAAUCUCUUUAUCUACAAAAAAUAGGUUUAAAGAAAGUCAUAGGACGUCUGUCAACCUUGAGGACUUGGAUGCUGACUAAUGUUAUGGAAGAAGAUGAUUCUAGUUCGUGUUUGAAAAUUUAAUCGCGGUACACAGUUAAGAAGACGAAAAUCUAAUGGCAGAGAUUCGAGACGUUUUGCCUAAGAGAAAACAAGUCAUUUGUUCAACAAAUACGAUAACUAACAUCUCUGCGAACAUAAGUUUAUCUGCACGUGAUCAUUUUGACAAUUAAGCUUGUUUGUCAUUAAUUUUGCCAUUAAUUUUGCAGACACAUAUUUCCAGUUUUCAAAAGACUCCAGCAUCAAUCACAUUGGCAAGCAAAUACUAACAGUGCUCUUAGUUGUGGCCAAAUAAACGUUUUUAACAUGGCGCAUUUGCAUUUUGAUUUUACUUUCAAUGGAAAGCAAUGUGUAAUGUUCUAUUGUUUCUGCGAGCUAAGUAAAACUUUCAUUUUCAGAUGCCUGUCAAAUGACUGUCGCUUGUUCUGCACUUGUUUCCAGUCUUCUAAGCAGGAAGCUAUAUAAUAAUCAUGUUAUCAGCCUCAUUUUUUCAGUCCGUACUGUGAAUUAUGCAUCCUCGUUUUUUCCUUCUGGUCUUCUAGCCUGGAUAAAUCUCUAUCUACUGGAUAGCGCAACUGGUUUCUCCAAUAAUUAUCCACUGGAUGGUCAUUUAUCUGGUGGAUAGUGCUAUCCAACGUUUGAACAACUUGGGCCUGAUGGCAUCAUAAAAUAAUAGGAAAUUCGACAGUGUUAACCACAAACUACUGCUCAAGAAGAUUCUGCAUCUGCGGUAUCUUGUUGUCUUGGUUCAAAGACUAUCAAAUUACUGACCGUGUCCAAAGGGUCACCGUUCUCGGGGUCAACUCUAAAUCUCUCCCUGUGUUAUCAGGUGUGCGGCAAGGACCAAUACUUGGUCCACUCUUCAGGGGCACCCAACGACAAUUUUCGGAAAAUUAUCUGUUCGGAAGACGAUUUGAGGUCUAAAAAUUUCGGAUCAUUUUCUGAAAAAUUUCUUGCUUGCCUGCCUCUCCUAGGAUUUUCGAACUUCAAAAAAAUCGUAUAAUUGCCCAUUUUUAACGGAUUUUUACCCUAAAAAGGUCACCUAGAAUUUUCGGGAGCCUUUUUUCUGGCUGAAAUUUUCGAAAAGGUAAGUUUUGAUCCCUAUAAUUUUCGGAUCAAUAUACUUUCAGCUAGGAAAUCCGAACAGAUGAAAAAUUUUUAGGGGAUAAAAAUAAUCCUUUAUCUGCCGUUUAAAUACUAAAGUACGUUCAUCAAUGCUCUGUUUAUGUGGUUUUGAACUAUAUUCUCGUUGGGUGCCCCUGACUCUUGUUCCUCAUAUAUGUAAAUGAUCUUCCUGAUGUGGCGUCCUCAACAUCUGUUGCUCUCUUUGAUGAUGAUGAUGAUGAUGAUGCCUGCCUACAGCGCGACCUCGACCACAUUAACCAAUGGCGUGAUCUCUGGCAAGUGGAUCUAAGUCAAUCCAAGUGCGGGUUACUUUCUAUUACCAGAAAUGCUUGCCCGUUUCACUUCCCCUAUCAAUUAUCCGAUGUCCAAGUUAUGAUGAUGGAAGCUGAGAAGGACCGUGGGGUUUUAGUUACUAUAAAUCUGAAAUGAAACUCCCAAGUGUUGGCAGCUUCUUCGAAAGCCAAUAGGAUGCUUGGCUUUCUCCAGAGAUCAGCUUUCGACACUCAUGACCAGCGAGCUCCAAGUUACUUUACUUGUCAGUAGUUCGCAGUAACCUCGCAUAUUGCUCGCAUGUGUGGGCUCCUCAAGCUGUUUAUCUUAUCUUUGACAUCGAAAGAAUUCAGCGGUGGGCAACAAAAUUCAUUCUGUCUUUGCCGGUCUGAAUUUAGUUUAAGCAGAGGCUUUUGAAAACUGGUCUACUACCAUUUAUAAUGUUAUUGGCACGAAUUUUUAGAUUUGGUGUACGUAUUCAAAUGUUUAGUUAGUCUAUCAGACCCAGACACACAGUCUCCGCCAAGGGUGUGCUGUUGAAUACGAUUAGGGCCAACACCGUCACCUUUGAGAACAGUUUUUACUGUAGAUCGAGCCCCAAGAAUCUGGAAUACUUUACCAGACCGCCUCCGGAACGCUGGCUGUUCAGUAGUUUACUUUAAGGUCUCGGUAAAGGAAAAUUUUAGUACAUUGCUCGAUUUUGUUUUUUUUGGAUUUUUGGCAAAAGUGGGUCCUAAAUUUUAUUUUGGCAGAAAAAGAAAAUCAGAAAGUGCUUUUUAACCGUUCUAAAAUGAGCCUUUUCUGCGCUAACCAGCCAAGCGUGGACCUCGCGCUAAAUCUUUAGAGCUGAUUUUCUCUCACUCUAUUUUAGACGCAAAAAUCAAAAUUCUCCGACCUCCAGUCGGGACAGGUUUUAAGCUAUCGCUUCGAAACUUUCAGAUAUGAUGGAUAAUGAUAUAGACUCAAAAAGAGUGUGAGGAAUUUUCCCAUUUCCCUUUGUAACUCAUUUUAUGCCAGUUUCUUUGCGUAAAUCGCGCUCGAGAUUCGACUUUUUAGUUUGAAAUGCAAUAAUUCCGCUAAUACGAGACAUGCAAAUUUCCUCACACCCUUUUUUAGGUCUUUUAUCUGUCAAUCAGAUGAAAUAAAAAGGAAGUGAAUAUUUAACAACGCGAAAGGGCUGGAGCUUCAGCAGUAAACUCGAUACCUCUGAGUUCGAGAGCAAAAAACUUAAGCGCCUUUUGAAAUUCGAUAAAAUAAAAUCUUUUAUAAGGUAAUUUAGUCUUUUAGCUUUAAUUUGAUAUAUAACUUGCCUUUGUAGCGAAAAUACUCGCGCGACUAGAAUUUUUUUCUGUGGGCACCUCGUUUUCCUUUACCGAGACCUUAAGAAAGAUCUUUUUAAUUACUACUUGUGUCUCACUUAGUCUGUUUAUGAUGUCGACACCCCCAGACCUUUAUAAGAGUGUGUGUAUCAAGUGCCACACUCAGCGUGCAAAGAAAGUCAUGUCCGAUAGCCCAGGCAUAGUGGAUUUUGCUGUCGGGCUAGUGAUUUUUGUUCUUAACUUGCUCGACAGGCGUGCUGUGCUGCUUUGAGGGGAAAUUCAAAUUACAGAAGGAUUGUAAUCAAUCCUGCUAAUCAAGAAGGGUUUGGGGGCUAGUUGAAAUGACUUGUGGGCUAGUACAUGCUAGCUACAGCUUGCCCAAAUGGUAGGCUGUAAAACUGAGUUUCUUUGCUCCCUGCUGACACUAGUCGGCCAUUGAACAGCUUGCUUGAUUGUAUGUGUUAUUGAUCUUUUAUCGAUGCCCUCCCCAAUUCUGUUUUUGCAUACCGUUUUUUUUUCCGUUUCUAAAGUAUUGUCACUUUUGUUAGUUGUAUUACUAAUUUUCUCUUUUUUUUUUCUGGACCUCGUAGUGGAGCUUACCCUGUGAGUAAUCCAGGCCUCUUGGCAAAGUUUACAAAUAAAUAAAUAAAUUAAUUAUGCAGAAUGUAAAACAGCCUUUUACAUAUUGGUGUUCAAGUUUGUUAUUCUCCAGAUAAUGAUUAUGUGUUUUUUGCUGGUUAGUAUAUAUUAAGAUUUCUUAUCGAUUAUUCGAUUGGAUGCUACUUGAGAUGAAUUGUGCAAAGUUGCAUCAGUGCUUGAUAUCAGAAGUCUUGUUACCUGUUUGGUAUUGCUAGUACAUGUAGGUGGUGUUUUCUUUCUUUUUUCUCCAGGGUUGUCACAGACAACACAGGUAGCUGCAGUAUCGUUGGCUCUCCUGACGGCUGCGCUAUCUCAGCCUCAGAUAUAUGGCGAUGAAAGAGACGGGAUCAUUGCUAAAUUAAAUCAGUUGCAGGCUUGCUGGGGAACUGGAAAAGGGUUUUAUAACCAACAAGGAGCUGUUGACUUUCUACCUCAAAAUCCAUUUUGUCGCUUUAAAGUGAGUACAUGUCUUUAUAAAUUUUCGCCUCAGCUGCUAGUAACCACCAUUGUAGAAACAUCCCUUGUACACUCGUUAAUUCACAUAGACCAUUUGUUUAUACAUUCUACCCAGAUUUUUGAAAACAUUACUGCCAAAUAGACCUCUUCUGUCAAAUCGCCAAAGUAGCUUUUGUAAAACUAACAUAAUUGCAACCAUUGCUUUUUUUCUCUUCUCGUCCUUUCUACCUCCUUGCUCUUUCUUUUCUCCUUUCUUUUUCCUUUGCUGGUUUGAUUUCUGAGUUUAUAGUCUGCAAAAAUCUUGCCUUUUGGCCCUUUUUCACUCAAAUGGAUUCACAUGUUGUCAGGUUCGCUUUCACAAAUAGUCUAGAUUUAAACUGUACUCGAAUUGUGAACAAUUGAUUGUAGACAAACAGGCUAAAAGAAAACACAGUAAUAAUUUCAGCGAAAAUUUUGUUUCACUACCCUCCUCUACUAAGAUCCUCAGAUGGUGACGAAAAUUGUUCCCACUAAAAUGGGAACCCUGUAAAUGCCCACCAAAAGAAGAAAAAAAGGAAAAAGAAAAGUGGAGGAAGUGGGGAAGAAAGAAAGCAAAAUGUGUAAAAAACUACUCAGUAUCUUUAAAUUUUGCGUUUCGUACAUCAUGAUCAGUUUCAUUCAGUGUUGUGUUAUCGUGCGAGGUGAGUAAUUCUAGCACUUGCAAAUAAAAACACACACAAAGCACAAUUCAAUUGCUGGUUUGGUUUAAUUAUAUUUCUAGAUCGAACAAAAUUAUUUAGUGAAAACUGGACUAUUGUAAUUAAAUUCCUGCAUUAUUAUAAUAAGUGCUCUUCAGGGUUAUCAGGUCUAACACAUACUGUGAUCAAAGUGAGUGAAGUUGACGUUUUUAAUUAACAUUUGUCAUUUUGACGUGAGCAACAGUUUUUCUGGGAGUGGGCGGGGUAGUGGAUGGACUGAGGUAUUUGUAAAGAUGCUUACAGGCUCUCCCCUGUUUAAGUAAGGCAGUACAACAUGAAUGGCCAAAAGAAAACCAGACAUAUUAUCUGAGGAAGACGAAAUGACGAAAUGACGGUGAGAAAUGAUGAUGAUGUUCGAAGACCUUGGGGAUUGUUGAAAGGACACUGAUGGGGCGAUCAUUGGACUUUAACAUCUCAUCCUCUUUCUUGUAGACAGUUGUCACAUUAGAGAGUUUCUAUUAAGUAGCCCCCAAACUUGAGAUGAUACAGUGAUUAAAAUAUAAAUAGCUUUGUAAGAGGCCCAGCAAUGAGAGGAGCUGAAAGCAAUUGGUUAAAAGCAAUUUGGGCGAUAAUCCAUCCGUGCCAACAGAUUUCUUAGUGUUCAAAUUAGCAAGAGAUUCAGCAACACAAGAUAUACUGACUUUUCUUGAUGGCACUUGGGUAGUUCAUGAAGUCUUCCAUAGAAAGUUCUAGAAAACAUUCGUCAAUUAAAGAUGUUGAUGUUGAAGAUGUUGUUGAACAGUGCAUUAGGAUCAGGAACAAAUGCUUCCUCCUUAAAUAAGGUAUUGGAGUCAUCAAUAAGCUUGGUAUUUGGUAAUAGCGAUCUCAUACAUUCCUAGAACAGGCCAGUGGAAUUGUUGGAUGAAUUGGAAGCUGCAACAAAGCAAAAGUCUUCUACAGCCCUCCUUUUCAAGGCAGUAACCUUAUUUCGCUGUGACCUAUAAGCAUUCCAGUCUUCAUUUGUAGGGAGCUGCCGAAAUAUGUACAAGCGGUUUCUUACACGAAUUUGUUUUUGGAUAGAUAAGUCAAUCCAGGGCAAAUAAUUGGAGCAUGAGUGUCCACAAUUUUCUUAAAUAGGUUCUCCCAGUGAGACCAGAUAUCAUCUAAUUCAUCAAACACAUAUGCCCUGUCCCAAGGGACGGCUCUUAAGUCUGAAAGAAAAGCCUCUUCAUCAAAAUUCUUAAAUGAUCGAAAUUCAGUAAUCCUUGGUUUCGAUUUCGGCAGCUUUGUUUUCUAACGUUUAAAUUAGGUACCACUUGCAGCAAAACGAUCAGGAUGCGGUGCAAGGAUGAUAUCCAGUAAUGUUUUAGAUGAAACUGUGACUGUUGCAUGUGUAAUCAGUGAUUGUAUUGGUCAAGCAAAAUUGAUCACCAAAAAUUUGUUAAGUUGUGACUUGGUCCUGGCAAGGUCUGAUUUUCCGAGAGCAUGUCAAUAUUGAAGUCUCCAAUAAACAUGAUUUCUUUCGUUUUGUGUACAUUUUUUUCUGCCCACUCAGCAACCGGUGGCAAGAACUCAGAGACCUUGCAUUUUCGUGAUGAUCGAUAACAGACAGAUUAAAAACCAUGAGCUUCCACAGCCCUUGACAUCUAGUCAAAUCGACUCAAUACCUGCAGGCUCGAGAUUUGAUCAGCGAAGCGCUGUGAUGGACGAUCGAAUACAGACCAGUAAACCCCCAGUGCCUUUUUUUGGUCAUGUCUAAUAAAAUGCGAUAAUUCGAGUGGGCAAACAGUGAAUUGCUGUACUUCCACCGAAAUGAUCCCCACCAUCGAAAUGAUCUCCGCCACCGAAAUGACCCCCAAUCACCACCGAAAUGAUACCUAUUCGCAAUCGAAAUGAUCCCGUCAUAAAUUUUCGGAACCUUGGCUUAAGUGAACUUAGGACUUUGCUAUCUAUUCUAAAUUCUUCGUUUAUUCAUGCAAACACGAUUCUAAACAGAGGAAAAUAGAGAAAUCAAUUAGACUGAUAACAGUUCUAUACACUGAUUUUAUUUUCAAUAUUUUAACAUUUUUUAAGGAACUACCUAAAUCCGCCUUGAACAGGGGACAGGUUUAUCAUAUAACGUGAUAACGAGCACGUUACAACUAGUUUUGCGUUAAAAACUUGACAGUGUUAGAGCAUGGUGCCGGGCUAUAAAAUGUCAGCACAUUUUGUCACACUUUUCUUUUAUGUCAGAAAGAAAUUCACAGUGGCGGAGAUCAUUUCGAUGGUGGGGAUCAGUUCGGUGGUGGUACAAUUGCUCACAGAGCACUCAAUCUUACUCUCAGUUAAUAGAAUGUCAAAUUGACAAGUACUGAGUUAAUAAUCUCAUCCACCUUUCCAUAAAUGCUGUUUACAUUGAACUGUCCGAUCUUCAAAUUGUUUUUUAUAUAUGGUCGAACCUCCCGUAAGCAACCACCCAAAAUGUAGAGACUUAGCGGCCGCUUGCAGAAGGUGGUCACUUACAAGAAUGGUACCACAGGGCGCCUCCAGCGUGAAGACGUUGGGGCACAACUACUUUGUGGAAGAUAAUAACUACUGCAUGAACUUUCUAAGUUACGCCACGUGUACAAGUUCCAUGUUGUUACUUAAGUUCUUCGUUUAUUGUAAUUAAGUAGCAUAGUGCACACAGCAAACAUGGAGAUUAGAGAAUACGUCUAUUGGUUGCCUACAAGGGGUAAAAAACAAGGAAAAUCAUUAAACUUUCAGGCCCAAAAAUUGGUCUUGGUCGCUAAUAGGAGGUGGUCGUUUACUAGAGGUUCCAAUUUUAAGGCUUUGACUGGACUUUGACUGGGCUUUGACGAUAGGUAGUCGCACAUGUAGGUUCAACUGUAGUAACCAUUUGUAUUGCAGUCGAACCACUCCAUAGGUGAAAGUUGAUCAUCUUUAUGCUCCAUAUUGCCAAAGUAUCAACGUCAUCAAACCAAAGAACAUCUGUCACAUAGCCAGGAGUGAACUUUGCUCACUUUGGACAUAGCGACGAGAAAAGGCUGAGACUUUUCUGUUGACUUUCCAAAGCAAUUGAUAAUUUUGCAACAUUGCUAAACGGUCCCUCUAAAUUACCAAAAGGCCAUAGCCAAAAGUCAGCGAAUUGCAACGUUUUCCCAGCAGAAACGCAUCCAAUACCCACAAACUUAGCCCAGUUUGUGCAGCAACACUUUACAUGUAGGAACCUCUGGACUUGACUGUUGUAUGCCAAAGAGUAUCCUGUCAAGUGAAACAAGAGCAAAAACACGGAGCAGAGCAACACACGUCCGCUCCACGUUAUGUAAAUCCACACAAUAAUAUUUAUUAGUUUUUGCUUUAUUUCUAGGUAAGUAUUCAAGAUUGUUACUGGCGCAGUUCAACACAAUAUUUGGUACUCAUCACUGGUUUGAAAUACAUUCCUGUAGCAAAAGGAGAAAUCAUUCCUCAAGUGUCUCUUGCCCAAAAAAGUUAUUCCAUAUUUUUAGUGUUUUAAUUAAGUAAACAAUUAUUAUUUUUCCUUUUGGGCUUGAUGUGAGGUAAUUAAAGGCAACUUGGCAACACAUUGUAAGUGUCUGGUUGGCUAUCUGUAAGACAUAUCCAAGAAAUCUUGAAUUGUUAAACAUUUCAGUAAUCAAUAUUCAUCAAGUAACCCUAGGCUUGUAGCCUAAUUUAAGCAGUAUUAUAACUAACUGUGUUCAAUUUUGUUUAAGGUUGUUGGAUACAGCCGACUGCCUACUGCCACAAAUGAGGAUGGUCAUUUGUCCAUUGAGAUUGGAAGAAAAGAAAGUGAAGUGCGGCUCUCACAGCAAGGACUUGUUGAUAAACUGCACAAGUGUCUAGGAAGCAAGCCCACCUUGAUGGUGUGUAUAGAAGGAAUAAAAUCCCUGCCUGAGAACAGGUACUUGCCAAUAUCACAUUCACUAGUUUUUGAAGUUCACGCCCAGUUGUUGAAACUUUAGAUAGGCCUCAGCAGGCAGAUACAUAUUUUGGUAGCAACAAAGACGGAUUAAAAUCCCUCAAGAUCGAAGUUGUCAAGAAAACAAAAUACGAUUUCAUCAACAGCAAAAAAUUAAUGUCACCAAGGUGGCAGGUCAAAAAAUAAAUAAAUGGCAGGUACAAAUUUGUAUGGCUCGCCAAAAAAGUGACAGGCCAUAAUUUUUUCUAUCUUGAUCCCAGUUCAACAGAUAGGUUUACCAAAAACUAAUUGGAAAAGUGAGGAACAAGUGCCCUAAAGACAGAGGAAAGGGAAAUAGGAAUCUUUAUUUACCGUACAGAAUAGAUUAGUGGAUGCAAAGUAAACUCUAUUAAUAGCGCCAACAAAACCUGGAUCGCAUCAAGCGAGUUGUUUCCCUCUCCACCGACUCCAAAGCUUUUGCCACCUACUUAAAAUCUUAUCGAAAACCCUGCCUUUUGUGACUUAAUAUGCACAGGAAUGAGUUGAUCCAGGUUUUGUUGACACCUCUUUUAUAAACAGAGUAGCUGUAGCUGUUCAAAAUAAAUCUUCCUAAAAAUAUGGGUAUGAUUUGUUGCUCCCUGAUGAUGGCUUUGUUUAAUGAACCCAUGGCCACACAAAUUCUUAUCUUGUUCAAUUUAGUCGGCUUGGGCACAACAACGAUUGGUGAGACCUAAGGGGUUUGACCUUGGUUUCUAUACAUUCAAUGAUGUCAUCAUUUUCAAGCUGUUUGUGUUUUUCCUCCACAUGCUUUCUUCCAUGGAAUGGGAUUCGGUAAUGUGGCUGUGCCACUGGUUUGACAGAUUCAUCUAUGUGUAUGCGUGCUAGUUCAUCUUUGUACUUACCCAUUCCACUGGUUAGACCAGGAAAAUCCUUAAGAAAAUCUUGGGUGUCAGGUGGUAGGUUGACAGGAGGUACGUCCGUGCUUACAGCUUUAAUAAGAUUUAAUGCUUGUGAUGCCAUCUAGAUGAGCUUAAUGAACCCUUUGCUAAAUAGGAUGCUUCUGCGGAUGAAUAGCUGGUGACACACUGCUGACGGUAGGUUGGCAGUUUGGUGUCCAUGUGAACCUUCGUUAAAGGUGUAUCCUUCACUGUUGUCACUGUCAUCACUGGUAAGAGUUGACAUUUUACCACCUGAAGAGACUUCAACAUCUUCAGACCUGGCAUGGUGUUUACCUUUUGAGGGUUUCUUUGGGUGCGAAGAUUUGGACCGGUUAUUGGAUUCGCCACGACAAACUUUGGAGAAAUGGUUCAUUUUGCCACAGUUCACACUUUUUACUUUGAGCAGGGCAAGUUUUUUUUUUGGCGUGGGUAAUUUCAACCACAUAAACCACACCUAUUGUUGCGAGAACCAGACUUUGGUGGACCACCAUAAUUUUCUUUCUGCUGAUCAUCGAUUGCUUUAUUUUGACCAAAACCGACUGCAUGCGAUUACAUUUUCUCCAGCUUGGUUGUCUGUUUGUCAGUGGUUUCCAUGGCGUGAGCUACUUUCAAUAAGUUCCCAAAAUUGAGGUUCUGUUCGAUUGCUUUACGUCUUAGGUGAAGUGUCUGAGCAGAUGAUUUUCGUUCCAGAAUCUACUGCUUAAUUUCCAUUUCGGGAUCAGCAAAUUGACACUUGCGUGCUAGCAGUUGAAGACGUAUUUAAAACUCAGUAAUGUUUUCACCUGACUUUUGCGUUUCCUGUGGAAAGGCAUAAAAGUGUCACAUGUUACGCGUGAUCAUAAAUAGAUGCCAUGAUCGUUCAACCGGGAAAACAUCUCAUACAUCGUAGCAGACAUCCAGUAUUAAAUAGCCUCCAGUUUAUACAAACAUUACACCAACAACAGAAGAAAGAACUGGAUAAUCACAAGAUCAUUGGUCCGGUCUCCAUGGAGUUAAGUAAAGCAUUUGAUACUCUGCCACAUGACUUAAUUGUAUCUCAACUACGCUAGUAUUUAACUGAUGAGAAGACACUCAGUCUCAUAAAGGACUACCUCUCUAAUCGACUUCAGAGAGUUAAGCGUGGGGAAUAGAAACUCAACUAGGCAAGAAGUUGGUGCUUGGUUGCCGCAGGGAUUUUUACUCAGGCCCUUGUUGUGAAAGGUUUGAACUCAGGAGUCAUUUCAAAAGUAGGUUGAGUUUCAUCGUCCGGGUUAGCGUAGUCCUGUGGACAGUGGCGUUUGUUCUAAGUUAGUAAACCAGCUUUUUAAAGUAAGACGUUGAUAGUAGUCUGUAGAAUACGUUAUACAUGUCGCAGAGUCCCAGUCAAUUUGAUGUUUCGUUUUUAAAUGGUGCUCAGCAAUGUGAUUGUUGACAUCACCAUUCCUCGUCGCUCAUUUGUGUUUGGUCAGUCGCGUGCUUAGGUUUCUGCCGGUUUCACCAAUGUAAGAAGCCUGGCAGUCGCAGCAUUUGAUCUUGUAUACUGCUCCCUGUCUGUCCUCUGGUUUGUCUUUGUCCUUGACAUUAGUAAGCAGUCGCCGUAAAGUGGUUAUCGGUUUGUGUGCAACAUGUAUAUUGUAAGAUUGUCAUAUACGUGCAAUAGUUUCAGUUUGCAAUAGUUUCGUCUUACUUUAGAAAGCUGGUUUACUAACUUAGAACAAAUGCCACUGAAUCGUAGCCAACAGUUACCAGCGCCAUACAAACGACUUAUUGACGAGAUCAAGCAAAACUAACUACGAGAGAACGACUGGAGAACUGACAAUUUGACUAACAAUAGACGACUGUUUAACUGUGACAAUAGACGCAUUGAAACGCGCCAAUUACUGAUUACGAGUCUUCAUAGCCAAUAACAUCACGGCUUAAAUGACAGACGACCAAUAACAUCGUGACGUAAUUGACCAAUCAGAUCAAUAACCAGACACUUUGACUCUGAAGAUAACUACCGCACAGGUUGUCGAAACGUCAGUCACUGCCAACAACAACAGUCCUAUCCAGGACUAUGUUCACCCGGACGAUCAAACUUAACCUACUUUUCAGGCCCUUUUUAUUCAAUUUGUUUGUGUACCAUCUAUUUUACGUAAUAAAAAACUGCAACUCAUCCACUUGUGCUGACGACCCUGAUUUUUGCCGCUGAGACAGAAUCAGACAAACUGCAGGAGAUGAUUAACACUGAUCUAUUUGCUAUUGAUCCACAUUAUGAUGCAAUCGGGAUGAUACGGAAUCGCUAAAAAUGUUAAGCAGGUUUUUUUGGUCAUGAGUGACUUUCCAAUAAAAUCGAUUUUUAAAGCAUAAAAGACGCUCUAUUCACACUUUCCUUUAAUAAAGUUUUCAACUUACUUUCGUUUCUCUUUUCGAUUUACAGAUCCAACAACUUCAUUCAAACUCCAAGAAACUAAAGUUCCUUUGUGAUAAUAGAACAAUACCAGUUAGUGAAGAAUCUCACUCUCCGUCAGCAUACAUACAUACAUUCAAGUUGGUGUUACUAUUGACAACAAGUUGAAAUUCGAUAAACAGAUGGACAAUGUGACAAGAAUGGUAUCUCAACAGCUUGCAGUGCCAAAACACCUGAGAAACAUUAUACCUCUUGAGAAAAGGAAAAACUUUAAUUUUAUCAAUCAUUUAUUGCCCCCAUUUUGACUUCUGUUCUGAUGUUGGGCAUUUCUGCAGUCAAACCACAUGCGACGUAAAAAGUUAACAGAAGAGCUCUUUGCUUCGUACUUAAAGAGAAAAGCAGUCUUUGUACUAACUUACUUAUUAAGAAACUAGGAACUGUCAUUAUACGAUCAAAAAAUAAUGAAGAUUGCCAGCUGUGUUUUUAAGGUGCUGAACAAUGACAGCAACAUUUCCUCAACCCUAAAGGAAUUAAUGCUGUGAAGAGCUACGACUUACUAUCUUUGUGGUAAAAAUAUCUUACUAUACCCAAGGUCAACUCUACAGAGCAAGGUCUAAGAAUCUUGAUGGUACCAGGGCCCAAAGAAAUGGAAUUCUUUGCCAGAAGCAUUGAGAUGUAAAACUAAACUAAGUAGCUUUAAAAGACACCUGAAAAACAUCGAGUUACACGUAACAAUAAAAUGUACAUAAAAUUAUUAGUUAUAUUAUAUAUAUAUAUAUAUAUAUAUCUCUUAAUCACAAAUGAAGACAGAAAACAGUUUCCUUUCAAUCCACCUAUAUUUCGAUCACAUUCAGUGAUCUUCUUCAGGGUGACUAACUAGCCGUUAACGUACACAACUUUUAAAUUGCUGAAUUACGAAGGUAACGCGCGCGCAUCACAACUGAAAUGACUGUUAUUUUAAACAUCUAACGGAAAAUGUCAUAGCUGACACUAUCAUCUCCUGCGCGUGCCCGCGCGUGUCUUGCGGUUCUGGGCGUAAAAACCAUCAUCCUCAUUAAGUCCUUGAGGGCGCAGCGUUCCCAAUCUAUACAUCCACUGUCCCUCCUUCUUCCUCAACUCCCUCUCACCCAUGGCUUGUCUAUUAACUGUAUAGUUAAAUGGCUUAAUCCUAAGUGUCCCGAACUAUGAAAAUGCUGGUAAAGAAAAUCGUCUUUCCUCUUAUUUUUAGAAGACAACUUGAGAUGGGCAUUGAUCCUACUUCUGUGAUUAUUGAACCUAGACCGAAAAGUAGUGGUAGUGGAUCCAACAUAUUGAAUGCCACAUACCUUACAAGUAAUAAGAUAAACCACGUUUUUAGAGUUACAAUUAAAGUUGUAAUUAAUACGGAAUUCCUUCCCAUUGGUUUUGCUGCGGAAAGUUCUCCCCACACACAGAAAAGUACAAAUUUGGCACCGAUUACUACCACACUUUAAUGUUCCUGUUACCUCUUCCUUAGCGGCACUCCUAAACUUUGCUCGAACCAAGAAGUCGGAGAGGCAUUUCGGUCUUCUGAAAGCAACCAUUGGCACCUCUUUAAUGGCAUCCCGUCAUCUCUGCGAAGAGUGAAGAACCGGACGUAGGUUCCUCAACAUGCCUCCGAUGUUAGGCAGACCCGGGUGGUACGUCACUGUGAAGGGAAUCCUGGUAUUUUCCUUUCUUUAUUUAUCCCUCAAUGCUUCAUCUCUAGGUGUUUGUCUCGCUCUAUCCACUUGUUGUUGUAUGACAUUCUUCUCGUAUCCCCUUUCUUCUAAAAAACUACACAAAUCCCGCGCUCUGCUUUCAAAGAAAGUCUCCUUGGAACAAAUCCUCCUCAAACGUAAUGCUUGUGCAUAGGGAAUCCCUUUCUUGCAAGAGUUCGGAUGACACGACACCCGGUGGAGAUACUGAUGGCUAUCGGUGGGUUUGAUGUAAACAUCCGUCUCCAGUUUUCCCGAUUCAUUCACGACUUUAACAUCUAAGAAUUCAACUUCUUGAUAGGACCAUUUUGAUGUAAACUUGAUCGUUCUAUGCGCACCAUUUAGAUAAUUAAUAAAAUCUUUAAGACUUUCCUCCCCUUCUGUCCAAAUUAUAAAAAUAUCAUCAAUAUACCGCCACCAAGUAUGGGGUUUUAUUAAAGCGUUUGAAAUCAACUGUCUUUCUAGUUUGUCCAUAAAAAUGUUAGCAUACGACGGUGCCAUCCGAGUCCCUAUCGCAGUGCCUAGUUUCUGGACAAAAUGCCGCUCAUAAAAUUCAAAAUUAUUGUUUUUAAGAACUAUUUCUGUAAACUCUACCAAGUCGUUCUUGAGAUCCCCUAGUUUCCUCCCAUUCUCCACAUUGGAAUCCCAUGUUAACAAUGCCUCUUUCACCGCCUCUAUCCCCUCAUCGUGUGGUAUGUGGGGAUAUAACCCCACAACGUCGACUGUACAUAGUAUCGCCCCCUCUGGUACAGUGUAGAUGUUCUUGAGUUUUCUUAAAAAUCGUUAGUGUCCUUUAUGUAAGAAUUAAUGGUCGGAACCAUAGGCCUUAAAUGGUAGUCCACAAAGCUAGAAAUUAUUUCCGUAGGCGUGUUGCAACCCGAUAUAACCGGACGUCCUGGGCAGCCCUUCUUGUGGAGUUUGGGUAGCAAAUAGAACCUUCCGGCCCUCUCGUCUCCUGAAGCUAACAAAUAGUCUUUAGUUACAUCAUCGAUGUUCCCUUUUCGAUGUGCUUCUGGUAUGCUUUGGUUGACUUUCUUAAUUAUGGCACUUGUGGGGUCCUUCGGUAGUGGCUGGUAUAUCUCCUUAUCAGUUAAUUGUCGCAUUGCCUCCUGCAAGUAACCUUUUUUAUCCAUGACGACAACACUCCCACUUCUGACACCAUGUAAUGUUCUUUAUCUAACAGCACGAUGGAUCUGGAUAAAACAGCUUAGUAAACGGGAUCCAAGUUUUUUAUUCCAACAUGGCUGACCCAGGUGUUCAUGCGCAUGCUUACACUCAUACAGAAUACCGCUGAUCAUUACAACUUUCCCCUAACAGAAACGAAAAGAAAACAAAUAAACAAAAAGGAUAAGUACACCUUGAUACCAUGAUUGGUAAUACGGUCUAAUGUCAAAAGGACAACAAUUUCAUGUAAAGUUCAAAAUGUUUCCUCUAAUUUCAACUUGUGAGAAAUUUGCAAACUGUGACUAACAGAACCUUCGAAACAAUGUUUAUCAACCUUCCAUAUCAAUGAUGAGUUCAGUGUCACAUAACAUAAUCCUUGAAACGCAAAGGCCUUCUCACAGUUCUUCCACUUGCUGUCUUGAGAGGCUCUGAGAUUUCCUCCUCGGAUGAAUACAUUUCCCCUUGCUCUUGGGAUGUCGAAAUGGGCUCUUCAACAGAUGGGAUUGCUUUAUUGGCUGUUUCCUCUGAGGUUGAAUGCUCAUUUGCUCUCACGGUUGGAGACUUAUGAUGAGGUGAGAUGUCUGUCGCUGAUAGACCACUUUCUGGUGAUUUUAUUAACGCUCUUCUAUUUCUGCGGUAUUCUCAACCUUCAUCAGUUCGAAUCCUAUAGGAUCUUGGUGUUUCUGCUUGUUCUGUUACAACGCCUGGUUUCCAAUGGCUCCCCAUUUGUACUCUGAUCCGGUCACCUUUCUCUAAUGUGGAAAGAUGUUUGGCAUGCUGAUCAAAAUAGUGCUUUUGUUUUUUCUGUUUGAGCCUCAGUUUCUCCAUAACUUUGUGUGGAUUAAGGACUUUAGGCUGCAACUGUGCGUUGGUAGUGGGAAUGAUUGAUCUUAAUCGCCGGCUCAUAAGCAGUUGCGCUGGUGAACCAAUAUCAUCUAUUGGUGUGUUCCUGUACUCAAGUAGUCCCAAAUAAGGAUCCCUGCGAUCUUGUUUGGCUUUGGUUAGUAGAUUUUUCACUGUUUGUACUUCUUUCUCAACAAGACCAUUUGCUUGGGGGUACAGUGGACUGACAGUAGUGUGUUUGAAUUCCCAUUGUUUAGCAAACAGUGAAAAGUCCUUUGAGGAGUACUGGGGACCAUUGUCACUGAUUACUUCGGAUGGUAUUCCAUGUCUGGCAAAUAUAGAUUUAGUGUAGGUGAUGACUGUGGUGCUUUUGGUGUCUGGUAGUUUGGCUAUUUCAAAAUAUCUGGAGUGAUAGUCAACAACUAUCAGGUAUUCAGAUUUGUCCCAGGUGAACAAGUCUGUGGCGACCAUUUCCCAGGGCUUGCGCGGUAAGCGAGAAGGGAUCAUUGGCUCUUUCGUGUUUUGCUGUUGAUGCUCUAAGCAGGUGGUGCACCUUGAUAUCAUGUCGCUGAUUUGAGAAUUCAUUCCUAGCCAGUAUAGGACAUCUCUUGCUCGUCGUUUGGACUUUCCGAUCCCCAUGUGGCCUUGAUGUAUCCUUUGUAGCAUUUCUUUUCUCAUAGAUGACGGGACUAGUAUUCUGUCACUUUUGAGAAUAACACCCUCGACUUCAGAGAGCUCAUCUCUUACAUUCCAGUAGACUUGAAUACUUGCUGGUGUGCAAGAUUUUGUUUCUGGCCAUCCUGACUUGAUCGCAUCCUUCAGUUCUUUCAAUGAUGGGUCAUUAGCUGUGGCUUCUUUAAUUUCUUCUAGUUUGGGCUUCGAGACUGGUAGAUUAGAAGUUAGCAAAUGGACAUGUAGUGCAAUUUCUUCUUCCAUGCUGCCAUAUGCUGUUUCAGGCAGUGGUGCUCUAGAGAGCAUAUCCGGAAGCACUAACUCCUUUCCUGGCUUGUAUUCCAAAGUGUAGUCGUACUUCUGCAUUCUAAGCAGGAUUCUUUGUAGUCUUGGUGGUGCUGAUGCUAGUGCCUUUUUAACAAUGGCUUCAAGUGGCUUGUGAUCUGACUCAAUGGUAACUUUCUUUCCAUAGAUGUAUUGGUGGAAACGUUCUAAGCUGAACUGAACAGCUAAGAGUUCCUUCUCAAUUUGAGCGUAUCUUGACUCUGCGUGAGUGAGGGAUCUUGAAGCAUAGGCAACAGGACGCUCUUCUUGUAGCAGCACCCCUCCUAGGCCGGUUGGGGAGGCAUCACAGCUGAUCGUAACAGGCUUUUGUACAUCAAAGAAUUUCAGGACUGGCCCUCCAUCUUUAGUUAGGAUGCUUUUAAUUUCAUGAAGUGCUUUUUCUUGUUCACGUGCCCACUGAAACUCAAUGUCCUUUCGUAGUAGAACUCUGAUAGGUUCAGUGACAGUUGCCAGAUUUGGGAUGAACUUGUCCAAGUAAUUGACUGUUCCAAGGAGUCUUUCUACUCCUUUCUUGUCAAUUGGUGCAGGCAUGUCAUUGAUGGCACGCACCUUUUCAUUAUCAGGUUUGAUUCCUUCUUGUGUGAGUUUGUGACCAAUGUAGGUGACUUCUUUGCCUUUAAAGACGCACUUUCCUUUGUUCAGUGUUAGGUUGAUCUUCUCACAUCGUUCCAGGACAGCGUGUACACGAUGGUCGUGUUUAACUUCUGUUUCUGCAUGCACUAUUAUGUCAUCGAUGUCGGUUUCAACUCCUUCCAAGUCGCCAAAAUGUUGACUCAUCCGCUUUUGGAAAACUUCCUGAGCAGAUGUGAUUCCAAAUGGAGUGACCUGAUAGCAGUACCGCCCGAAAGGUGUGUUGAAGGUGGUUAGAAGUUGACUUUCUUCAUCAAGAGGUAUCUGCCAGUAUCCUCGGUUUGCAUCAAGCUUAGUGAACCAUUUUGCAUUUGCCAUGCGUGUAGUGAUGUCUUCGAUGGUGGGAAGCUGAAAGUGUUCCCGCUUUAUUGCUUUAUUGAGGUGCCUUGGAUCUAAACAAAUCCGUAGACUACCAUUAGGCUUUUCAACAAUGGCCAUAGAAUUGACCCAAUCUGUGGGUUCUUCUACCUUGCGAACAACUCCUCUCCUUUCCAUGUCAUCCAGUUCUUCUUUCACUCUGUCGCGAAGAGCUGCUGGGACCGUUCUAGGUGGGUUUACGACAGGUGUCACAGUAGGGUCUACUUCAAUGUGGUAAGGUUUCUCCAAGCGUCCCAACCCAGUGAAUACCUGCGUGUAUUUCUGCAGUACUUCUUCUUUCAGUUCUUCAGACAACUUCGUAACCUCUUCACUUUUGUCUGGUUCAGUUUGCUCUUCUUCUGUCUUGGCCACCAUAACUACUUUGAUUAGACCCAGAUCUUGGGAUGCUGUGAGCCCCAAUAAUCCUGGUUGAUUUGUCUCCACUAUGUGGAAUGUCAGCUCAUGUUCUACAUCUGUUUUAGAUUUCACUGGUAGUGUAGCUGUGCCAAGUACAGUUAGCUUAUCUUCAGAGUAACUGACUAGAUUAUGUGUGCAGGCAUUUAUCUGUGGAUUGCUUCCAACUAUCUUCUUUAGGUCUUUGAACGCAUGAUGUUAACUUGAGAGCCCGUGUCAGUUAUGAGUUUUGUGAUAUGUCCUUUCACUGGCAACAUCACAUAGCACUCCUCAUUCUGGAUCUGAACUUCAGUAGUGACAGCUCCUACAAAUAGGGUUGAGUCAGGAACAUUUCCUUCUUGUUGCUCUACACCCAGUUCAUGGACUUUUUUCCGUGAUCUGCAUACACUCUGGAAGUGAUUUCGUCUCGGACAAUAGUUACAUGUUUUGCCAUAUGCAGGACACUCCCUUGCGCCAUGUCUUGUUCCACAGUUCCCGCAAUUGAACUUCUUGCUUGGGGGUCUUUUUUCCUCAUUAUCUGAAGGUGUUUUCUUGUCAGUUGACUUGUUCUUCUCCCUUCCAAUUCCAUGCACUGAUGAGUCGUCCAGUUCUUUCAUUUGCAUAUCCGUAGCUUCUGCAGAUCGUACCACAUCUAAUGCUUUCUGAAGUGUAAGGUCUGGCACCCUGAGUAAUCUUUCUCUUGUUUUUGUGUUGUUUACGCCAAGUACAAUUCGGUCCUUGAUGAGAGAGUUCUUCAAUGUUCCAAAUUCACAUGUUUCACAAAGCUUUCUUAAUAUUGUUACGUACUGAUCGAUGCUUUCGCCGCUUUCUUGGGCUCUUGAGAAGAAUUUGUAUCUCUGGUAGCUGGCAUUUUUCUUGGGUUCACAGUGUUCCUCAAAUUUCAACAGCACCUUUUCGAUUUUUUUGUCAUCGCCUUCUUCGUUCCAAGUUAGAGUGUUAAAAACAUCAAUAGCAUCGUUGCCGAUAACUGUUAGAAGUGUUGCUACUCUGGUUGCACUAUCCUUCGAACUUAUUCCGGUCGCAAUUUCGUAAUUUGUAUAUUUCUGUUUGAACUUCUUCCAAUUGGCUGAUAUGUUUCCUCCACUCAAGUCGAGAGCUUCUGGAGGUGGAAGACCUAAAUGCAUCGCCAUUUCAGGUGUAUUUUCUUCGUCUUCAACUGGUUGCUGUAUUUCCUCUGUGUUUUCUUCGUCUUCAGUUGUCGUCAUGGAUAAAGAAGCUUACUUGCAGAGGGCAAUGCGACAAUUAACUGAUAAGGAGAUAUACCAGCCACUACCGAAGGACCCCACAAGUGCCAUAAUUAAGAAAGUCAGCCAAAGCAUACUAGAAGCGCAUCGAAAAGGGAACAUCGAUGAUGUAACUUAAGACUAUUUGUUAGCUUCAGGAGACAAGAGGGCCGGAAGGUUCUAUUUGCUACCCAAACUGUACAAGAAGGGCUGCCCAGGACGUCCGGUUAUAUCGGGUUGCAACACGCCUACGGAAAAAAUUUCUAGCUUUGUGGACUACCAUUUAAGGCCUAUAGUUCCGAACAUUAAUUCUCACAUAAAGGACACUAACGAUUUUUUAAGAAAACUCAAGAACAUCUACACUGUACCAGAGGGGGCGAUACUAUGUACAGUCGACGUUGUGGGGUUAUAUCCCCACAUACCACACGAUGAGGGGAUAGAGGCGGUGAAAGAGGCGUUGUUAACAUGGGAUUCCAAUGUGGAGAAUGGGAGGAAACUAGGGGAUCUCAAGAACGACUUGGUAGAGUUUACAGAAAUAGUUCUUAAAAACAAUAAUUUUGAAUUUGAUGAGCGGCAUUUUGUCCAGAAACUAGGCACUGCGAUAGGGACUCGGAUGGCACCGUCGUAUGCUAACAUUUUUAUGGACAAACUAGAAAGACAGUUGAUUUCAAACGCUUUAAUAAAACCCCAUACUUGGUGGCGGUAUAUUGAUGAUAUUUUUAUAAUUUGGACAGAAGGGCAGGAAAGUCUUAAAGAUUUAAUUAAUUAUCUAAAUGGUGCGCAUAGAACGAUCAAGUUUACAUCAAAAUUUGAUGAGCGGCAUUUUGUCCAGAAACUAGGCACUGCGAUAGGGACUCGGAUGGCACCGUCGUAUGCUAACAUUUUUAUGGACAAACUAGAAAGACAGUUGAUUUCAAACGCUUUAAUAAAACCCCAUACUUGGUGGCGGUAUAUUGAUGAUAUUUUUAUAAUUUGGACAGAAGGGGAGGAAAGUCUUAAAGAUUUUAUUAAUUAUCUAAAUGGUGCGCAUAGAACGAUCAAGUUUACAUCAAAAUGGUCCUAUCAAGAAGUUGAAUUCUUAGAUGUUAAAGUCGUGCAUGAAUCGGGAAAACUGGAGACGGAUGUUUACAUCAAACCCACCGAUAGCCAUCAGUAUCUCCACCGGGUGUCGUGUCAUCCGAACUCUUGCAAGAAAGGGAUUCCCUAUGCACAAGCAUUACGUUUGAGGAGGAUUUGUUCCAAGGAGACGUUCUUUGAAAGCAGAGCGCGGGAUUUGUGUAGUUUUUUUAGAAGAAAGGGGAUAUGAGAAGAAUGUCAUACAACAACAAGUGGAUAGAGCGAGACAAACACCUAGAGAUGAAGCAUUGAGGGAUAAACGAAGAAAGGAAAAUACCAGGAUUCCCUUCACAGUGACGUACCACCCGGGUCUGCCUAACAUCGGAGGCAUGUUGAGGAACCUACAUCCGGUUCUUCACUCUUCGCAGAGAUGCCGGAAUGCCAUUAAAGAGGUGCCAAUGGUUGCUUUCAGAAGACCGAAAUGCCUCUCCGACUUCUUGGUUCGAGCAAAGUUUAGGAGUGCCGCUAAGGAAGAGGUAACAGGAACAUUAAAGUGUGGUAGUAAUCGGUGCCAAAUUUGUACUUUUCUGUGUGUGGGGAUAACUUUCCGCAGCAAAACCAAUGGAAAGGAAUUCCGUAUUAAUUACAACUUAAAUUGUAACUCUAAAAACGUGGUUUAUCUUAUUACUUGUGAGGUAUGUGGCAUUCAAUAUGUUGGAUCCACUACCACUACUUUUCGGUCUAGGUUCAAUAAUCACAGAAGUAGGAUCAAUGCCCAUCUCAAGUUGUCUUCUGAAAAUAAGAGGAAUGACGUUUUUCUUUACCAGCAUUUUCAUAGUUCGGGACACUUAGGAUUAAGCCAUUUAACUAUAGAGUUAAUAGACAGAGCCAUGGGUGAGAGGGAGUUGAGGAAGAAGGAGGGACGGUGGAUGUAUAGAUUGGGAACGCUGCGCCCUCAAGGACUUAAGAGCCAAUGUCUGUAAUUUUCGAGAAUCGGUUGACAGUCGUGAAUUUUUGAAUUUCUUCAUAUUUUGCUCAAAUAAUCUCUAUAGUACACUAAUUUCAAAAAUCACCUUAAAACUUGUAAUAGCUUUUUAUUUUUUCAGGAAUCAGGUAAAGUUUGAAAAACUCUAAAUCGGCGCUCUUUCGAGUAUGAAAUUUGCGAAAAUUGAGCAUUUUCCUCCUCGCUCGUACGUAAAAACGGAAUAAUAUCUCCAGAUGAAAUCAAGUCGCAAAACAGACACACAUUUUUACUUUAUAAUUCAGCAAUGAACUUUAAAUGAACCGUUUAAAUGAGACUGUACCGGCCGCAAGAAGAAACACGGUUUCAGCACUUUUCAAAAAUGGCAAAUUUGACCUAACUUCACCAUCGUAAAACCCACUUGGUACAUGCAAUUUCAGUAUGAAACAUAAACUGUAUUAAAGCAUAUCCUUUGCUGUUGUUUGUGUUAAAAUAUUUCUGGCGGCAUUCCAAAUGCGCACCGUCGAGAGACCAAAACCUGAAGGGUAUUUUGACACCAGGAAAGCGCGUGCAACAAGCAAGUUUCGACGCUUGGAAUAUUAAUCCUUUGCAAACAUAAGUUACUUCGACAUUUAAACCCUAGUCAGAGUUGCAACGGUUUCAGACUAUAUUUCGGCGUUUCUGUUCGGUUUAACAUGAUUCCUUUCAACUGAUUUUUGCGAUAAACCAUAAUGAAGAGACACGAAUACGCAGUUCAAAUCAAAGUUCGUAGAGAGGAAUAUUGUCAAAAUACUCGCUUGUUAUAGUUUUAACCUUAUUGAAACCUUAAAAUCAGAAAAGUUAUUUACUUACCUGAACUUAAAUGCUAGACGGGGUCACAGUACCGCUAACUAAAUUGAUCUAAAUUCUGCAUCAAGGCAGAUUCAAAGUUAAGUUUGUGUAUGUUUUCAAUCUGUCAACACGAGGGAAGAUAACAUUCCGGAAGUGCGUGACGCGUAACGCGCCGGAAAAGAAAUUGCUGGUAUACGUGUUUUACGGUGCAAGUCUUUGUUGUAUUCGUAUAGCAUCUUGCACAUAUUCAAACUUGGUUUGUGGCGCCUGUGGCCCCAGUAAUGCUGAAUGUAUUGGGAUCAUAGAAAAGAUGUCGUGAGUCACUUGGUAUGCUCCUGACUUGUUAGUCACGUGAGUAUGUUAAUGAUAGAAGUAAGGUUUUCUGCAUUUACGUUAGGGACCUUUGUUUGAUCCACGAAAUUGGCGCAUGAACAUAGGAGUUUUUCCUCACCACCGCUAAAUGUUUGAUUCUGGGUGGCGGUGCAACAAAUCACGUGGUACCGUUCUAGAUGAGGCUAUUGGCUGCUCAUAGAGGGGUCCAUAAAGGCACAUUGAUUGAUGACUCUGUAUGGACUGAAGGAAAUGAUUUACGCAGACGUUUUCUGAGCGACAAAGGUGCAGCUUUUACACUCCUUUUUCGUUUCGAAAAUAGACGAACACGCAAGCGAAGCGAGCGCGCGAGAGAGAUCUCCUUGCGCUAAUAGUCAAUAAAUCCAAUGCGGUUUUUAUUUUCAUACGCGAAAAUCGACGAUCAAAGAGAAAAUAGAUCGACGAUCUCUAAAGAAAAAGUAGGGGGUCUGUGAACAGGCUACGAAAGUGCUUGCUAUUAUUUUAGUGAACUUUACAAGAGGUCUCAGGUGACUAUGCUAACGUCAUGAAAAGUCUACUUAGCUUGUUUAAGUUUAGCUAGGGCAAGAGGAGGAGAUGGGUGGGUUGGUACACAUACAAAAAUUCAAGUCUUUAUCACUCCACUUAGAGCUAGCAGACUUUGUUUGAUCCACAAAAUUGGCGCAUGAAAAUAGAAGUUUUUACUCACCACCGCUAAAUGUUUGGUUUCGGGUGGCGGAGCACAAAUCACGUGGUACCGUUCCAGAACCGCCUACUGUCUGCUCCUUUAAAAGGGGUCCGUAAGGGCACAUUAAUUAAUGACUCUGCGCGGCCUGAAGAAAAUGAUAUACGCAGACGUUUUCUGAGCGACGAAGGUGCAGUCUUUACACUUCUUUUUCUUUUCGAAAAUGGCCACGGACUUCUCCCCUCGCCCUUCGCUGCUGGGCAGUCGUUUUUGCCUGAGGGAUACCACCUCGAAGGAGUUUUAGCGCACAGGUCUCUGCUGGUGCAGACCUAGCGAAAAGGGCAUUCUCCUUCUGAAAUUUUAAAUCGAUAUGAAAGGCUAUUUUCUGAUUUGGUUAAAAGAUGAUAAGUAAAAUGGCUGAGACAUUUUAAAGCAUUUUUUCAUUUAGGCGACGGAUUUUGACGUUAUGAAAAAGAACUUGUCAGUGAAUUGGUUUAUAUUCUAGCCUGCGAACAAGUGCCGGGGGGUGGUGGCGGAGAGAGCCAGGUGACUAUUCCUUUUUUUAGGCGGGAGCUAGCAUGUACGUGCAUUCUGGUCUAACGCCAUAAUGAGUAGACUGGCCUUUAAGGAGCGGGAGAUCAGAUCGUCAACAGCAGGUUGAGGUCUAGCCAGAAGAUACCCUUGCUGCAGAGGAGCAAAGCAAUACUACUUUCAGUAAUUUAAACAUGUUAAAUACUUGUAUUUCGUUCAUUAAAUGUGUCCAUUGUCCAUUGUCGAUUUGUGGUUUUUCGGAAUGUUCUUUUGCGGAGCAUUGGACAAUUUUUCUUAAACCAGUUUUUUACUCGUUUCCAUUUCCCUGCUCUACCUUCAUGCUGCAUAUGGCGUACGUGUGUACCUAAAUCCCUCAAUUCAUACUGAGGUGAUCGAUAGAGAAGUCUAUACGCCAAGCGGGGUUAAGAUUAGUUAAUAAAAACCAAAGGCUCAGAAGGCUAAGUGCAAUGAAAAGAAAACUAGUGUGAAACGUUUUGCAGACUCGGCUUGCUCUAUUUGUUUUCUUUCUCUGUUUAAGUUUCGGCUUGUGCAUCCUAAAAUCAAGUUUGGUUCGACCUGUUUUGGGGAAUAUAAAAUAUAAAAACACUCGUGCGAUGAUUUAUCCUUGUCUGUACAGUUGCGUGACAAGACUCAAAUCAAACACGGGCUUUCAUCACGCAACACAGGGUUUAGUCCGUGGCUAAACGACGGAAGAUUUCAGUAAACUGCGGCCACUUGCAGUUGAAACGACUGGUAAGUAAAUUCUUAUAGAUCUCGUAUCUCAUUUAGAGCUAGCAAGCCCUUUUCUAGCGGCUUUAUAUUAGGUGCAGAAACUCGAGGUCAAUAUUUACACUCAACACGAAAUUAGCAGCCAGAGCAGCGCUGUCCUUUUCAGCUACUUGCGUGCAAUCAAAUGCACGGUUAAUCUACUUAGUUCUUUUUUAUUACUAUCAAAUUGAAAAGUGUUUUUCAAAAGAUUUUAAGAACUUCCCGUAAUGUGCCCCUUGUAAAAGAAGUUAAGUUUGCGAAAACGUUUGUGUGCUUACACUUGCGGCUAGUUUGUUGCAGCGUUCCAACGUGCGAAACUACCCUGCACGUUUCGGUGUCUCAGCGACGCUUUUUGUAAUGCCGCCAAAACUUUUUUAACACAAGAAACGGCAAAAAAUGUACUUUAAAAUAGUGUUUGUUUCAUGUUGAAAUUCUAUGUACCAAUUGGGUUUUUUCGAUGGUGAAGUUAGGUCAAAUUUGCCAUUUUUGUAAAGAGCCGAAAUCGUGUUUCUUCUUGCGGUCGACACAGUCACAUUUAAACAGCUUAUCUGAAGAUAACUGCUGAAUUAUAAAGUACAAGACUGUGUUUGCUUUGUGACUUGAUUUCAUUGAGAGAUAUCAUCCUGUUUAUAUGUACGAGCGCCAAGAAAAUGCUUAAUUUUCGCUAAUUUCAUACUCGAAAGAGCGCCGAUUUAGCGUUUUUCAAACUUUGCCCGAUUCAGGAAAAAAUAAAAAGCCGUUACAAGUUUUAAUGUGAUUUUUGAAAUAAGUGUACUAUAGAGAUUAUUUGGGCAAAAUAUGAAGAAAUUCAAAAAUUCACGACUGUCAACCGAUUCUCGAAAAUUACAGACAUUGGCUCUUAAUGAGGAUGAUGGUUUUUACGCCCAGAACCGCAAGACGCGCGCGGGCGCGCGCAGGAGAUGAUAGUGUCAUCUAUGACAUUUUCCGUUAGACGUUUAAAAUAACAGUCAUUUCAGUUGUGAUGCGCGCGCGUUACCUUCGUAAUUCAGCAAUUUAAAAGUUGUGUACGUUAACGGCUAGUUAGGCACCCUGAAGAAGAUCACUGAAUGUGAUCGAAAUAUAGGUGGAUUGAAAGGAAACUGUUUUCUGUGUUCAUCUGUGAUUAAGAUAUAUAUAUAUAUAUAUAUUAUUUUUAUUUCUGAACAUAUUCUCAGAAUUUAAUGUUAUAGAUCAACGUUUUUGGUUUCCUUUCAUUUUUGUUUGUGGCAAUACCUGGAAAAUAGUGAUACUUACGAUAAGCUAAACCUGCCGUUACUUCCAGUAAAACAGAGUGCUCAAUCUGUGUAGGCGCGCCUUACGUGAGAGGAACAUCUGAAAUGUUACAGCGGAUCGUUAAAUCCCACAUCUUCCACAAGCCUUUUAACUCGCUGCAAAAUCAACUGACACAUUGUAAAGGAGUGAUCAAAGAGAUCAAAGAAGUGCGGGGUCGUUUACCACAUCCAAUGUGUACAAUGCCUGGACAAUCACAUCGGCAAGACCGCCACGUCCCUUUACCCGGAUCAAAGAACACCAGUCCGUGAUACUCUGCUGUUUUCAAGCAUUGCUAAGCCACGGGUCACAAGAUCAACCCACAAAAUGUAAAAGUCCUAUCUGAUGAAAACAACACCAUCAAGCGCAGAGUCACGGAGACCAUCGCUAUUAAACAAAGGAAACCCUCUCCCUGAAUAGGAAUGAGGGCCUGGACCUUAUAACCACCAAUGCAUGGUCCUCCCUUAGGGAUUCGUAACUUUUCUGUUACGUAACCGGUCACCUCACAAUGCUUAUGAAGUCUGUUUGAUUCUGACAAAAUAUUUGUUUCAUUUCUUAUGUGAUUGCUCUGAUUUUUGGAAUUUUCUGUACUAAAUACAGUACUCUAUAUGAGUUAAUUAGUGUACUAGACCACAUUGGUAAAGGUUACUACUACUACGAACCACCACUACCACUACCACCACCAAUUCCACUACCACUACUUCUACAAUCCUCAUAGAGUGCGACUGAAUUAAUAUAUGCUUUGAAUGUAAAACCAUAGCAUAUCCUUAAGAACAAAACUGUGAAGGUACAGACGAACUAUUCAGGGAAUAGCAGUAAGUAGGGAAAACUAAAUCGCACAGCGGUUGAAAUAUAAUUAUUACACAAUGGUUAACGUAAUUAUCACUACGACAAGAGCAAUUUGUGUGGAACAGAGUUAAAAGAUAACAGUUAGGAGCAUGGAGCUUAAUUUGCAACAUUGAUGGUGAUGGCCAUGAAAAUGUCACCAUUGAAAUAAAUUGGAGCAGGUUUUUGGAAACUUUGUCACAUUUUUUUUUUUUUACCUCACAUAAAAGGUCAAAUGUAAGUGAAUUUUCGUGUAGUUAAACACACAAACACAAAUUUUUCUCUCUUUCUGAUUUUGGCUGUGGUACCCACAGACUCAUGUCAUCUAUGAAGCUGACAUGUAGCUAAGUGCGGUAAAAAAUUUCCUUUCAUGGUCAUGCAAGGACGGCAAGGAGAUGUAGCAAAAAGCAUGCUCUGUGUAUGAAGUUGUUUUGUUUAACUAACUUAUUACCUCUUUGACGUUCUUGCUGCCAUUGCAUUCGUCAUUGCUAAAGCUCCCUUCUUAAUUAAUACUAUACUAACAAACGUUCUGGCACGCAAAAACAAAAGCACCGUUCAGUAAACUGAUUUAGUUAAUACAAUAAAACUAUCCUACAGAAAAGCAUGAAAGAACAAGUCUAAUACUACUAUUGAUUGGAUGGAAGUAGUUUUUUUGUUGACCUAAAAAAGUGUAAUGUAAAACGUCUGAUUUUGCCUGUGAGCUUGACUUAUCGGUGUAUUUUUGCCUGAAACCAAGCAGAAAAGGAACAAACAAGAGUCUGGAUGAUCGUCCAGUAUAUUAUAAUUUAAUAAUUUUAUUAUUUAAUUAUUUUAUUAUUUAAUGAACAUUGAAAAGUAUACAUUGAAGUCUAAACACCUUCCACUUGAUAAACAGUAAGUUGCUCUAACAAUGAAAAAAAGAGUCAAAAUUCCUCUCCCUGUUUUUUGACAUGUCCAACACAACUGAGAAACAGGGUAUGAAACUGACUUUUCGAAGAUGAAGAAAAUACAGAAUUUCCGCACGUUUGCACUAAUAUGAGGGUCUGUAUUAGGGGUGUGGGGGGUACAAAUGUCAGUUGUCAGUUAAAAUUUUGGCCAUUUGUCAGUUGUCAAUUAAAUUUUAGGCUCUUUGUCAGUUGCUAGUUUAAUGAUUAACUAUGAAACUUCUCACACACCACUGGUA